UGUGCGCAGGUCGGUCGCACUUCGCAGUAAAAAUAAUUCGUUUUUAGUCUUGCAUAUCUUGCACAUUCAACUAUACGGAGUAUCAGUGCAGUAACACGUUGACAUCAGUGACAUCUACAUAAGAUCACAUUUUGUUGUCUAAAUUUAGGUAUGCUUCGGGAUAGAGUUGAGCACUUCCAGGAUACUCCUUUCAGUAUCUCGCAACAGCUUAACCCGUAGGAUUCUCAAGCAUGUAAUAAAUGCCAUUCGGGUUAACUUAACUUAAUCCAAAUGAAAUCAUCCACCAAUGCACGAAACGAACACCCGAACUACUCGAAAGACAACGAUGGACUGAUUAUCAACGGUCCUGGUACGAAUCCCUAGGCCAAUGUGUUUCUAACAAGUGAAAUAUAACAAUAAAAGACUAGUCACCGGGAAUUAUAACUCUAAAGAUAAACUUCAUCCGCCGAUGGAGUUGGCUCUUAUCGAAGUAAAAUACAACAAUGGAAACAACACUAAAUCAAUUAUUUGCAACUCUUUGGAAGUGUUGGAGGAUAAGACGCAAGCACUACGUCAAUACAAUAAUCGUAAUCUUCCUGCCUAUGUUACUCUAUGGCAUUGUUUCCUGGAGUCGAAUAAAGUGUUGUCAAAUAGGUCAAAAAUACGUAAAUACAACCACCUACAUUGAACCAAUAACUGAAGACCAACUUUAUCAACAAUAUAAAGUUGAUAUUUCAAGCACCUACUUAUUGUACGCUCCUUCUACCAAGUUUAGUAAUCAGCUAAUGCGAGAAGUUCAAAUAAAAAUGGAGAUUUCAAACAAUAUGAUACGCUCCUUUGACACAGAAAUCGACCUAUUAGAAUUCUGUCAUAAGAAUCUUACAUCUGAUGGUACUGUUUACGCAGUAAUUUUUGGAAAUUUGGAGAAUAACACAGAUGAUAUACCAAUGGGCUUAAAUUACACUAUACGUAAUUUCGAAAAGAAUGUCGAUUGGAAUACUAAUUCAAGGUUUAAUGUUAUAGCAGCAGAAUAUAUUCCGAAUACAGGCUCUGAAAAGUAUUUUAAUAAUGCUUUUAUUAACCUACAAUUAGCCAUCGAUAAAGAAUACCUACUGAUGAAGAAUAAAAAUUCAUUAGGCUUUGACUUAUCUUUUCAGGAGUUUCCCUAUCCGGAACAUAUAGAUGAUUUUGGAUUUUCGGAGAUCUUUAUGAUAUUUCUACCGCUGACAACGGUCAUCAGUACGAUAUUUAUUUUUCCGGCAACUUUAAGGCCCAUGCUAGAUGAAAAAGAAUCUGGUAUUAAAGAACUGUCUAAAAUGAUGGGGUUACAUCCUAGUGUGAUGUACCUUGGUUGGUUCAUUGAUGCAUUCUUGCCGAUGAUAAUUCCUGCGGCAGUUUGUACAAUUUUAAUGAAACUAAGAUGGGGCUACGCAUAUGCUGCAAUUGAAUAUUGCAAUGGAUAUAUUUACGCUAUAUUCUUAUUGCUGUAUUUUACCACUUGUAUUGCCUUCUGUUUAUGUGUCGCUUCCUGGUGUGACUCAACUGCAUUUUCAACUGCGUCAAGUAUUGGAAUAUGGAUCAUCAUGUAUAUUGGAUCGCAAAGCAUCACAAAUCUAUCAGAUUUGGGAUUUACUCUUAAUAUAAUAUUAUUUUUAAUUCCUAAUUUUGCAAUGAAGUCCGGAUUUAAUGCAAUCGCCUUAUAUGAACUCAACGGACAUGGAAUUCAAUGGAAUAAUCUAUUUUCUACUGCAAAUGGUGAUGUAAACGCUCCCCCUUUAGGAUAUUCCCUGAUAAUGUUCUUAGUUGAUAUUAUUAUCUUGCUUGUUUUUGGUUUUUACAUUGAUCAAAUUCGUCCGGGAAAACAUGGGCUUCCAAAACCGUGGAAUUUUCCUUUUAUUGCCAUUUUUAGUAAGGGCUUGAAAAGAAUCAAGAAGAGGGAGCAAUAUAACGAAAUAAAUUCAGCAAAUAUAAAAUUUGUGGAAGCUAGCACGAGGACUGCUGGUAUUGCUAUAAAAAAAUUAACAAAAGUUUAUGGUGACAAGAUUGUUGUCAAUAAUUUAACGGUAAAUUUCUAUGAGGGUGAAAUUGCUGUUUUAUUGGGCCGUAAUGGUGCUGGCAAAACUACUACCAUGUCGGUGCUCACUGGUAUGACAGAAGCAACUCAUGGAAAUGUUUGGAUCAACAAUUAUGAUAUUUCUGAGAAUCUCAACUACGUGAGAACUGUAAUAGGAAUAUGCCCACAGCACAAUCUACUCUUUCCUGAAUUAACGGUCAAGGAACACGUAUUAUUUUUUGCUAAGCUACAUAAUGAAGCCAAUGCAAAGAUCAAAGUACGUAAACUGCUUAAAACUCUGAACAUCUACGACCAGAAAAAUAUGUACCCGCAAGAUAUCUCCGGUGGAAUGAAACGCAAACUUUGUUUAGCUAUAGCGAUGAUAUCCAACCCGUCUGUGCUAAUACUGGAUGAACCCACUUCAGGAUUAGAUCCAAAAUCACGAAGAGAAUUCUGGGAUCUUAUCUUGGGCUGGCGCUCGGAGAAUCCAAAUGCCACCAUAAUGGUAUCGACACAUUUCAUGGAGGAGGCAGAUGUACUGGGUGAUCGAAUCACCAUCAUGGAUAGCGGUCAACUUGUAGCGCAAGGCACACCGAUGUACCUCAAGAAAGAGUAUGCAAACGAGUGUCAUUUUUCGCUGAUUUUGAGGAAUGAUGUCAAAAAGGCUCAAUUAUACGCCGACUGUAAACAAGUACUCGGUGAUAACUUCUCUUUCCUCACCGAUUCAAAUUUCUAUAAAAUUGUUACGGAAAAUCACAACGGGAAUAUGAUCAAGUUGUUAGAGAAAAUUGAUAAUGGUGGCUAUGUUAAACAUGUGGGAAUAUCUAUACCUUCAAUUGAGGAUGUCUUCUUGAAAUUAUCAAGUUGGAAAAAUAGCCAGGAUAUAGCAGUUAACAUAUCCGAGAAGAAUGCGAAGGGGUCUAUACACGGCCAAGAUAUAUUUUCAUGGAUAACCGAAUACAGUUACAAAUUUGGCGGAUAUGCUUAUCAAUGGAAACGCUACUUCCCCUGUUUGUUAGUGUCUAUCGGAAUGAUCUUACUUCUUCGCUUUUCUGGCUCGACCCAAACGGUAAGUCGCGUAUCGCGCCCGGAAUUACCCUUACAAUUAGGACCCUAUGGAAAAACUGUUGUGUACUACAGUGUUGAUUCGAGUAUUAAACCUCCAAUCACUCAGAUACUAGAACAACUAAUUAUUGAGCAAGGUUCGCAGCCAAAACGCGUCGAGUCUGUUUCCGAUGCAUUGAUUGCGAUGGGCGUGAAAAACCUAGACGACUACAAGCAGAAAGCGGUAGUUGCUUUAGAAUUUAACGCAACCACUGACAAUACAGUCCUGCUGAACAUGAUGUUUUCGAAUUCGGCUUUGCAUGGUGCACCGAUCGUUCUAAAUAUAGCAACUAAUGUUAUCGCCAAGGUGUUCGCAAGUGGCGCCAUUGGCGCCUCCAAUCAUCCAAUUCAAACAAACGACGGUCUCAUGACCGGUCAAUUCGCAAACGAAAUUGAUAUAAUUUUGUUGUGGGUUAUCUUGGUGACAAUUGCAUUACUGUUUCUUUUUGUCAGUUACAUCAACUUUCCGUUCAAAGAACGUGUUAAUAAUUUCAAACACCUAGUAUACAUGUCCGGUGUUAGUCCGCUUAAAUAUUGGCUACGAUUGUAUUUCUUCCAACUGAUGGUUUUAUACUUGCCAGCUGUAUUUAUUCUGUGUGGGAUAUUAGUAUCGAACCCAUUAUAUUAUCAGGGAGCAGUUCCUUUGGUGAUUGUUCUGGGUUUGUACGGCGCCAUGAUGAUUCCGUUUGUUUUCUUAUUCAGUUAUAAAAGUAGCGUUGCGGAAGCUGUAGGUUCACUCACAAGUAUUACCAUUUUCACUGGUUUGGUGUGUCCGUUUGUGAUUGGUAUUUUGCACAACUGCGACGAGGCGACAUACAAGAACAUAAGUAAUGCUUUUCAUGUGUUUGCAUUGAUCGGUCCGCAGUACUGGCUGACAAACUGUUUGAUCACUUUUGCAAAAAAAUCAUUUUGGUUGUACAAGUGGGAUAAUAUGUUGACUAUGCAAAAAGACGCCUUGUGCAAAAUCAAUUACAACCCAUGCUGUAAAAUUACAGAAGAUACCGGUUUAAUUGCUGCCAGUGGAGAUUCUUGCAUAUCUUACAAAAGUUAUUUCACAAAGGGUCUUAGUCCAAUGUAUCUAAUUGCGGUUCCCAUUAUCAAUACUCUAUUUUACUUUACCUUGCUUUGUCUGAAUGAUUCCUUCGGCUUCCAUCACAGCUUGAAGAAAAGGAUUGAAUCUAAUUUAUUCCUCAUAAAAAACUCAGUCUGGAACAACGGAAACAAUAUGUCAAAUUUCACUUUAAAAGAAUUUCAAGUGAACGACUUAAAGAAAGCCGGAGGAAUUGAGGGUAAUCACAUUGUCGAUAAUGUCUCUUUCGACGUAAAACCUGGCCAUUGCUACGGUUUAUUGGGUGUCAAUGGCGCCGGAAAAACUACUACAUUCAAAAUGCUCACCGGUUUGGAAGUUCCGACAGCUGGAACAGCAAACAUGGAAUUUUCAAACGAAAAAAUUGAACCAAGGAAUCAAACAGUCAGUAUGUCUGAUUCGAAAACAUGUAGUACAUAUUUUAAAGAAAUCGGCUACUGCCCACAAUCCAACGCAAUAAACGGAUUUCUCAGUGCACAUGAUUUGCUGAAGAUGUUUGCCGCCAAUCGAGGGGCAUCCUUAAGUGAUGUGGAUGAUAUGUUGAUGCGACUAGGUUUAGAUAAGUUCGAAAAUAUACCUUGUGGAAUACUCAGCGGCGGAAACAAACGAAAAUUAUGUUUAGGCAUUUCACUAAUUGGACGUCCAUCAGUAGUAUUCCUAGAUGAACCCACUUCCGGUGUUGACCCGGUUUCAAGAAUAAUGAUUUGGGACAUACUGAAAGAGAUCAAAGAGAAAAAGCGUCAAUCAUUGGUACUCACUUCGCACAGCAUGGACGAAUGUGAGAAAUUAUGCGACUUCAUGGCAAUUAUGAAAAAAGGAAAUGUACACACAAAAGGAAGCAUCAAUGAAUUAAAACUAAAACAUGGCGAAGGGUUAAAUAUCAAAAUCAAAUUGCAACCAGUCAAAAUUGACAUGAAUGCAGUAGAUACAAUUGAUUCCACAAAGAUAUUUGAAAUGGUCAAACAAGAAGUAGGAGACCAAAUCCAGGUGAAAGAUCAACAUGAGAGUUUGUUGCAUUAUUUCGUACCAGAAAUUAAAUGCAGUGUUAGCGAUUUGAGGAAGAUCUUCGUUGCCAUGGAAAAAUUGAAGCAUAGAACUAAAUCGCCGGUGGAAGACUAUACAAUAAGCACGUCUUCACUUGAAGAUAUAUUUCUAUCCGUUGCAGACUGUAAAAGUGGCUAAUAAUUGAUUGUACCGAAUGUUCCUGGUAUACAAAAGUAAUAUUCUUAUUGUCAGCAAAGAAUCUGCUUGGGCAAAAUACAUAAAAAAGUGUAGGUAACGCGAACCAUGUUAUCACGAUCAGAGUCCCUCAGACAAAAUUGCAGACGUGGUGGUGCACAAGUCUGCUCCUGACUAAGAGAACAAUAGAGCAGAGGAGGUCUUGACUCCAGUAUGUUAUUGCUUGGAAAAAAGAAUGCACCGCAAAUUUAAAAAUUUGAAAAAUUUUACUAGCAUAAUCCAGCCCUGCAUACUUCAAAAAUGAAAAUAUGGUCCGGUCAUAAAUUAUUUUCAAACACCUUGUUGAUUUAGGCAAAAAUGAUAGAGCGGUUACGGAACCCGAAAACAACCACAAUUUAUUAUUGGAAACUGUGUCAAAAUUUCCACGACUACUUGAAUUUAAAUUGACCCACGCGGUGAUUAUCGCCACACAGGGGUGGCUUCAGGGAAAUAGCACGAUUAACAACCCGGACAAGUGAUACGGAACGAUAUAUGGAGCAAACUAACACCUGACAAAUCAGGCACAAAAUAAAAAUCCUGCGUUUCCUUGCCGAACGCUUGUAUAUUAGGAACACUUUGAUAUACAAACAUUUAUGGCAUUUAUUGCAUAUGAUAUAUUGAUAUUGAUAUUGUAUUGUAAAAUUGUAAUUUGUGUAUUAACUUGUAUUUCGAUAUCGUGUUAUGAAACUUUGUCUAUUGAAUGUCGUACGUGAGGUAACAUCCGUGAUUACGUACAUGGCAUAUCUAAUAAUAAAAUGUAAUUUGUAUGAUGUUCUACUAUUCAAUAAAUGUACUAGUAAUAUA